GUUCAACCGGUUCUCAAUCAGAUGUUGAGUGAACAGAAGGACAGCCAACAGAUUUGGUCGCCGUCUAAGAUAAUCACGCGUUUGGGAGAGAAGAUCAAUAACGAGGAGUCGAUCCUGUAUUGGGCGGCAAGGAAUCACAUUCCGGUGUUCUGUCCGGCGCUCACCGAUGGCUCGUUGGGUGAUAUGAUUUACUUCCAUACCUUUCGAAAUCCCGGUCUCGUCAUCGAUAUUGUUCAGGAUAUUCGAAGAAUCAAUACAAUGGCAGUGAAGGCCCGCAAGUCAGGAAUGGUUAUAUUGGGCGGCGGUUUAGUCAAACACCACAUCUGUAACGCAAACUUAAUGCGAAACGGCGCCGACUUUUCUGUCUUCAUAAACACGGCCAAUGAGUUCGAUGGGAGCGAUGCCGGCGCCCGACCCGACGAAGCCGUUUCGUGGGGUAAGAUUAAGAGAGAGGCAAAACCGGUCAAAAUAUACGCCGACGCGUCCCUUAUAUUCCCACUACUGGUGGCCGAAACGUUCGCCAGAUAUCAUCACUAC